AUGCCUUGGCCAACCCCUUACAUAUUGUACAGUACAAUCCUACUCCUGCUCGAAACUUUCCCCUUCCUUACUCCACUCCCUCUCCGCCGCUCCGUCUUCAUCUCGCCGAGCUCUACCCGCGACUCGACCGUCUCCCUCCUCUGCGCACGGCCCUCGGAUGCCCUCUGCUUCUCGCGGGCACGAUCUCCUCCUCGAUCUCCUCCUCGAUCUCCUGCUCCCUCCCGUCCGCCUCCGCCUGCGAGCUGCGUCUCUUCCUCCCCCUGCCGCCCUGCUCCUCCUCGCACUCAUCCUCGUCCUUCUUCACCCCGUUCAGCUCGAGUUCCCUCUCCCUCAUCCUCUUCUCCCUUCCGAUGUCGCGCGUCCACUGCCGCACCUGCGGUAGCUCAAUGA